AUGUUUGCUCGAUUCGCAAAGCCUGGGGCUUUUAAAGCCGUAGGUAGCAUCCACUCCCGGAUUGCCCAGCAGCACCGAUUCCUAGCCACCGUCGAGGGCAGCACUGGCCGUGCUAUGCCAGCUACCCGUCCCAGGGCUACUCCUAUCUCCCACGACCGAGCUACGUUCACGAUUAGGGAUGGACCAGUCUUUCACGGAAAGUCUUUUGGCGCCAAGUCCAACAUCUCUGGCGAGGCUGUCUUCACGACUUCCCUCGUUGGAUAUCCCGAAUCUAUGACCGAUCCUUCAUAUCGUGGACAAAUCCUCGUUUUCACCCAACCGCUCAUCGGCAACUAUGGCGUCCCUUCCUCUGCCCGAGACGACGCUGGUCUUUUGAAAUACUUCGAGUCCCCCAACAUCCAGUGCGUGGGUGUUGUCGUUGCCGACUAUGCAGAGAAAUACAGUCAUUGGACCGCCGUUGAGAGUUUGGCAUCUUGGUGUGCACGAGAGGGCGUCCCUGCUAUCUCUGGUGUAGAUACCCGUGCUAUUGUCACGUACUUGCGAGAGGAGGGUUCUUCAUUGGCCCGAAUCACCAUUGGAGAGGAAUACGAUGCCGAUCAGGAUGAAGCUUUCGUCGAUCCCGAGCAAAUCAACUUGGUGAAGAAAGUCAGCACCAAGGCUCCGUUUCACGUUAGCUCCGCGCAUGGAGAUAUGCACGUUGCGGUCAUCGAUUGUGGUGUGAAAGAGAACAUCUUGAGGAGCUUGGUCAGCCGUGGUGCAAGUGCCACUGUCUUCCCAUACGAUUACCCAAUCCACAAGGUCGCACAUCACUUCGACGGUGUUUUCAUUUCCAAUGGACCAGGUGACCCAACUCAUUGCCAAGAGACCGUCUACCACUUGACCCGAUUGAUGGAGUCUUCCCAAGUCCCAGUUUUCGGUAUCUGUCUUGGUCACCAAUUGCUCGCUCUCGCAGCCGGUGCCCGAACCAUCAAGCUCAAGUACGGAAACCGUGCCCACAACAUUCCAGCUCUAGACUUGACAACCGGCCAAUGCCACAUCACUAGUCAGAACCACGGUUAUGCCGUUGACACCUCAACUCUGCCUUCAGAGUUCAAGGAGUACUUCGUCAACCUGAACGAUGGCUCUAACGAGGGCAUGAUCCACAAGACCCGCCCAAUCUUUUCCACGCAAUUCCACCCUGAAGCCAAGGGCGGCCCAAUGGACUCCUCCUAUCUCUUCGACAUGUACAUCGAGAACGUCCAGCGCUACAAGGCGAACCAGGCCGUCUACCCUGCUGGUGCCGGCAAAGACAACCGCCCAUCUCCUCUUCUUGUUGAUAUCCUCUCCAAGGAGCGAGUGGGUGUUCAGCCUGCUCAGCCAGCUGAGAACUUGACUCAGGCUCAAUCUGCUAUUGCCGCCGCUGCUUAA